UUUUUACCCCUCUCAUGGUCGCUCCACGGGGCUUCUUCGGCCUCUCCUUUCUCUCUUUCUCUGUAUCCCAACUUCCCUCUCUCUGUCUCUCUCUCUCUCUCUCUCUCUUCUUGACAUGGAUCACUCUUUCUCGUUGAAUUCGCUGGCGGACCAAAAAAAUGGGAGACUUAACUUGAACAAGAGAAAAGCCGAGGUCUCUUCUGUUCUUCUUGUUGCAGAGGAAUGUAAAGACAAAGAGAUAGGACGAGAAUCUGAGGUCGCAGCAGCAAAACGUAAGAGGGAAACUUCGAUUGACACUGAUUACAUUCAUGACCGGGCACGUCGCGGACAGGCCAUGGAUAGCCACAGUUUAGCUGAAAGAGCAAGGAGGGAGAAGAUCAACAAGAAGAUGAAAUGUCUGCAAGAUUUAGUUCCAGGGUGCAGCAAAGUUACAGGAAAGGCUGGAAUGCUUGAAGAAAUCAUUAACUAUGUGCAAUCUCUUCAAAGACAAGUUGAGUUCCUAUCAAUGAAACUGGCUUCCUUGAAUCCAAGAAUUGACUUCGACAUUGAUAGCUUCUUCAUGAAAGAGUUUCCUGCUUACGUCACCAGUUUUCCAGCAGCCGCUGCACCUUCUGGAAUGGCCAAUUUGGCCUACCUCCAGUUCAUUCAAGCGCAACAAGUACCACAAGCGGCACAGACAACCACAAGCUCUUCUAUGCCUGCCCCAAAUGUUUUUCUUGACUCAUUGUCCUGCUUCCCUCAAGAUCAAACUCAACCCAUCUCAACUUGGGGAACUGAUUUACACACCCUUCGCAAUGCAGAGUUUCGCACCAAUCUUGGAUAGCUACAGACUUCCAGUACAUCAAUCAGCAAAUAUUUUUUAAGAAUUUCAACAUUACUUAUUUCCACUGUUCUCCUUUCUGUUCUUCACUCCUACCCCCAAUUCUUCACAUAUAUAUGUCUAUCUGCAUUUACUGUGG